AUGAGGCUGAUGAUCUCUACUACGCCACAAAACACAGUGACAUGGACGUUGAUACGACACCUCGACAAAACAUCCAGCGCGGAUCUAGAAAUCCAGAGACUAAAGAACACGGAUAACACAGGAUGGGGCCCUCUUUCAGUACAAGCUAUGUGUGAUGAGACUCGAGGGAUUGGUAUUCCUGGAGGAAAUGGGGCGAUGAACUUGGGCGACCUGAUGGACCUGACGCCCAAGGAGCUGAUGUCGAAGGUCAUGCUGGAGGAGAAAGUGUUUGAGACUUGGUACUCUGGGCGGACUGUCCUCCUCGGCGAUGCCGCCAAGUUGGCGAUGCAUGAUGCCGUCGCGCUCGCGAACCUCAUCUACACCCUCCCCUCCUCACCAUUAUCCAUCGAGGACACGACCACCUUAUUUUCAACAUACUGGACAGAACGAUACCCCGCCGCACUCGAAGAACUCCAAUCCAGUCAGCUACUCAACAAGACCCGCGAACGCGGACUUUUCCUCGCCCAGUUCAAGCCUGAGGUCAUUGAUCCUCGACUCAGGACCACCAAUCAAAUACAGCCGAGCGAGUUCUGUGACUAUGUGGCAGAGGUCUGUUACUUCAAGGUGGAGAGAGGGUACUACGGGAAUAAGUCAAGGGCUGUGCUGGUCUUGACGGACUACACCGAACACCCUCAGCUCCCCUUUCAGGACUCAGAGGGCCGGCCAAUCGGCAAAGCCGCGAUCAUCACAACACUGUGGGACGAACAUUGCGAUACUGCUCAGACGUUCGACAUCAAGCAGGGCGAUAUCAUCUAUCUCAAGAAUCUCCGACCAAAAAUAAACUCCAAAGGCAACAUCGAAUUGAACAUGAACGGGUACCGCCAAGGAUCUGGUUUCCGACAGAUCGAUCCCAUCCAAAAACUGGAACCAGACCACCUUUUUUCCGCAGAACUGCGGAUCCGAAAGCACAAGUAUGAGCAAUAUCUCGCUGCGAAGCAGGCGGAGGAGGAACGAUACGAGGAGGGCUCGAUUGAGCCUUCGCCUACGCCUCAACGCGCACUUACUGUCCGACCAACCAAGCAGGAACCUGGAACUGUCACCAGCCAGCAGCCGCCUCAACUUCAACCGGCACCAAGAUUCGCAUCAGAAUCAACAGCGCUACCAUCACCAGCUCCGCCACAGCCACACCAGUUCCCGAGAUAUCCCACAUUUUCAGUUAAAGCAUCUUCAAGCGCCACCUCAGAAACGCGGUCACCUUCUCGUGCCUUCCAGUCAGAAGCCCAUACCCCUUUCGAGCGGGAAAACAGCCCCCUUGUUCCAGUGAAGUCGGAGCCGAAUCGCGAAGCCAGCUUGUACACAGAGUCACCAGCUUCUCCUGUCGAGACCUCACCUACCGGCGAGGUCAAGUUUGAGUACUCGUUCAAGCUCAAUCUUAUGGACGAGCUUGACCAGACAUUUACUGUCGACGUUGAUGACGAACAUGGGACCAUGCUCCUUGGAUUUGCUGCUGAAGACCUGGUGAAGGAGGAUGACAUUCUAACAUUGGUCAUAGGAACCCUUGCACGGAUUGGGGUGUCGAACGUGGCAGAGCAGGCCAAAGAAAUAUACUUUGACUUUUGUGUACGACAGAACUUUCUUUGUCCAAAGAACCGAAAUGAGCCCAGGGGCGAUAGGCAGAAGAGAAUCGGAAGCAGAGAUCCCUCCCGAGUGGCCAAACGAUAUGCCACUGGCAGUUUACAUCCGAGUGAAUAUGGAUCGAUCAAACAGUCGCCAAAACCGCCAAUCAAGGAGGCGGCGGAGGAUGAGUUGGUGAAGGAUGAGGAAGACGAGGAGGAGGAGACAGACAACGCCCCGCUCACAUGGUCGCUUGUGUUCACAGAGAUCGUGAAAACGGAAUGGAAAUAA